AUGAAGAAGACACUCCUCCUCUGUUUCAUCCACGGCUUCAAGGGUAACGACCACACUUUCGGCCCCAACCAAGCCUUCCCAACCCACCUCCUCUCCCUCCUCCGCCCCCUCCUCCCCAAACUCAACCUCGAAUUCCUCAUCUACCCCACCUACGAAACCCGCGGCGACCUAACCGAUUGCGUCAACCGCUUCCGCGACUGGCUCCUCAACAAGGUAAUCGACCUCGAAGUCUCCCUCGGCACCCCCUCCCCCACCGUCGAGCCCGGCGUCCGCGUCAUCCUGAUCGGCCACUCCAUGGGCGGCAUCGUCGCCGCCGAAACAGCCAUCUCUAUCGCCUCCGAACAAGCAAUCAACGGCUCCAUCCCCAACAACGGCAACUCCCCCGACCAAGGCAACAUGAAAGCCCCCCUCAACUCCCUCAUGUUCCCCUACAUCCAGGCUGUCCUCGCCUUCGACACCCCUUAUCUCGGCAUCUCCCCCGGCGUCGUCGCCCACGGGGCAGAAACGCACUACUCCAAGGCAGCAGAAGUGAUGGGUCAACUAAGCGGCCUGGCAUCGAUAUGGGGCGGUGCUUCUUCCAACGCAGCCAAAGAAAACCACCACCAACAACGACAAGCUCCCCAAAAAGCCAUCGAAGCCCCACCAUCCACCCAGAAACAACAACAACAACAACAACCAGACCAAAAACCACAAACCGGAGGAGGCGGGUGGGGAAAAUGGGGGACCCUCGCCCUGGCAGCCGGAGCAGUAGGCGCAAUAACCGCAACAGGAGCGGCGGCCUACCUCAAGCGCGAGCAGAUAACCCAAGGCCUCACCUGGGCCACCUCCCAUCUCGAAUUCGUCGGCUGCCUCGCCCGAAAAGAAGAACUUCGAAAGCGGGUGGCGUACAUGAUGCGCCUCAACAAGGAGCUGAACGUCGGUUUCGGGAACCUCUACACCCGGCUGGGGAAAAGUGCGGGGGCUCUCGAAAAGGUCAGCAUGGUCGGCACAGUGCUGGGAGACGAGAGGACGUUUUGCGUGGUGCCGCAGAGGGAUCAGGCCGGGGAUUGGCGACCAGCAGUUAACGACAAGGCGAGGGAUGAGACUUGGGCGCACAUGUGUGAGUAUUCUUCCAGUUGUGAGAUCCAAACGAGGGUGGCUAACAAAGACGACAGCAAUGUUCGAACCAAAAGAGAAUCCAGGAUAUGA